AUGGGCGCCACGGCCAUUUCCAACCAAGACUACUUCUUCGACUCAGACUCCUUCGUGACAGAGCAGCUGUGUGAGCAGGACCUGGGCGCCUACACCGUUGCUGCCGAUGAAUUCGCCAAUGAGUACAAAGCCCUGGGCGAGGCCUACCACAAGCUUCCGCAGUUCAUUCGCAGCCACCAGCGAGUGCGUCCAGAGUGGCGAGAGUACUGCGAGAUAGCCUUCACGGUGGAGGAGACACGUGAACUUCCCGACAUGCUUCAGAUUCUUGGGAUGCUGGAUGAGGAGUUCAAGCGAGUUCGUGCUGCGAUGAAUUGCGAGGAUUUCGGGCUUGCUCGUUUCCGAUUGCAUAUCAUCUACUUUCUGCUGCGCGAGGCCGAUCACCACGUCAGUGGUCUAGAGUUCGCUCUGAGGAUAUUCGCUCUGGUGCUGCAGUACACAAUGGUGUGGGAAGAGAAGUAUCCGGUUUGGGCCUCAUCGAGGAGACAUAUCUGGAACGAGAACAGUGCGCUGUUGAAUGGGCUCGCGGCCAAGUGGUGGAAGGCGCUUCCGGAGCACCUACGGAGUGAUACUGACCAUGAUGUAGAAAGCGGGACCGGCAGUCCCAGUAUUCAGUCGACGCUGUUUCAGUCAACACCAGUGCAGACGGCAUCGGUCCAGUCGCCAGCCAUAUCGUCGUCCGAGGCUGCGAAGAAGGAGUUGCCACCACCUAACUGCUCGCCAUCUAUUCAGUCGCAGUCGAUCCAAUCUCCAAGAAUCAGCAUUGCCGACUCUGGUGACGCAGUUGCGUAUCGACGAAGUGACAAUGUCACGGCCAUUGACAUGAAGUAUGCAGAGUUCGAGAAAGAAGCGAUACUUCCCUCAUGCCUUCAAUGUGACUGCUCCCACGUUUUGAUAAUUCGUGAUGCUGUACGUGCUUGCCAUUGCCAUUGCUUGCCGUUCUCCACGUCGGCACACCUUUCUGACAGAUCAUAUUUGCUGCGUGGCCAAGGUGAUGGUAAGGAGGAGACUACCGACAAGUGUAUGUAUGGACGUCCAGGAAAUGAGACCUCCGCCCUCGGCCACUCCCGCAACGACGACUCGAACACUUGGAGGUUCGACUCUCACAUCAAUCAUCCCGGUUCUUUCGACCAGAACGCACGCCGCAUCACUAAAACACUUGGUGGGUACAAUCCUUGGUCUCCCGGUGUAUGGGAGAAAUUGGGACUGACGGGGAUUACAGCGCUUUUCAGAUCCUUCGAGUGUGCUCGUGUCAUUUGGGACAAGAUUGGAAUGGCUACAGCAACUGGUAAGUCUCUUCUGGUGACAGUGAAAGAUGGCGGCAACGGCAGCAGCGCGCAGAUCUGUAUGAGACAUCUCCACGGUGGCGAGCAUUCAUCUCGCAGAGAGAACCACGCAGCAUCGCUGGUAUCUGGCAUGGAAGAUUGGUCGGCGAUGCUUAAGGGGCAAGAAUAUGGAUAA